AUGUCAACAACUCACACGUGCUGCCGCGAGGGAUGCGGCAAACCAGCAACGAAGAAGUGCCCUACGUGUAUUCAAUACGGACUUCCUGAUUCGUUCUUUUGUUCGCAGGAAUGCUUACGAGCUGCGUGGAAGGUUCACAAGAAGUACCACGAGGAAGAAUUGGAAAAGAUGAUGCCCCCGCAAUUUCACGGAUAUAAAUUUACGGGAACGCUCCGUCCAGGAAAAGUGUCUCCUAUGAUGAAAGUCCCCGAUCACAUCCCUAAGCCCGAUUAUGCGAUUACGGGUCGUUCGAAGAGUGAAGAAUCGGAAACGAACGGAAUCGAAUAUAAAUCACCGCGAGAUAUUGAGGGAAUGCGCGCUGCUUGCCGUGUGGGUCGUGAAGUCCUCGACAUAGCGGGAAGCGCUGUAAGACCUGGAAUUACAACCGAUGAAAUCGAUAAAAUCGUGUUUGAGGAGUGCGUGAAGCGAAAUGCUUAUCCCUCUCCCUUGAACUACUAUUUCUUCCCUAAAAGCGUUUGCACUUCCGUCAACGAAGUGGUUUGUCAUGGCAUUCCCGAUUCUCGCAAGCUGCAAAGCGGCGACAUCGUGAAUCUGGACAUUACCGUCUACUACAAAGGAUACCACGGCGAUCUCAACGAAACCUUCUUCGUGGGCAAAGUAUCCGACGAGGAUGUCCGUCUCGUUGAAUGCGCCUACGAAAGUCUUCGCCACGCCAUUUCCAAUUUGAAGCCCAACAUGCACAUCCGAGACAUCGGCGAUCUGAUCAGCGAUGUGGUGGACAAGUACGGAUACCAAGCGGAUCGGAACUACUGCGGCCACGGAAUCGGUAAAAUGUUCCAUUGCAACCCGACGAUCCCGCAUUAUCGACACAACAACGCGAAGGGAUCGGUGCGACCCGGGAUGGUUUUCACGAUCGAACCGAUGAUUAACAAGGGAAAUCGGUACGAUCAACGAUGGCCGGACGAUUGGACGGUCGUCACGACGGAUGGGCAGCGGUCGGCGCAGUUUGAGCAUACGGUGUUGGUGACGGAGACGGGAUUGGAGAUCUUGACGGUGUCGCCGAGGUUUUAUGAUGUGUCGAAGCCGGUGACGGAGAUGUUGCCGUUUGAUCGGAAGAUGUUUCAGCGUGAUUGA